CGCGGGCGGCGGGGCGGCGUCUAUAAAAGGGGGCGCGUCCGGCACGGCCUCUCCAAACCGUGCGCUCCUGGCGAGGUGGCGACUGUUGCGCGCUGCGCUCUUACCAAGUUCAUUGUCUGCUGGGGCGAUGCGUUCGUGGGCGCUGCUGGUGCUGAGCGCGGCGGGGUUGGCUGCCGCCGCUCCUCCUCCUCCUCCUCCUGCUGCUGCUGCCGGUUCUUCCAGCAAGGAGCGCGCCUCCAAGGCAGCCUCUUGGGACGAGGUGAACGUCUUGGCGCACGGGCUCCUGCAGCUGGGCCACGGCUUGCGGGAGCACGUCGAGCGCACCCGCGGGCAGCUGCGCGAGAUGGGCGGCCGCCUGAGCGCGCACAACGCCUCGCUCGGCAGCCUCGAGCGCUCCGCCGACGAGCAGCGGCAGCAGCUGGGGCGAGCGCAGCGCCUCCUCGACGGGCGCCUGGACGACCUCUCCAGCCGGCUGGGCGCGCUCGCCGGCGACCUGGCGGCUCACGAGGAGGCGGCGCGGGAGCGCCUGGGGCGCCUCGACGGGCAACUGCUGCGCCAGGUGGGCGCCGAGAACGCCAGCGGCAGCCCUCGAGGGAGCGGACAAACGGCGGAGCUGGGCGCCCUUCAGAAUUUGGUUAGUCGCCAGAACCUGAAGAUCGAGGAGCUGUUCCACAAGAUAAAGCAACAGCAGUACAGAAUGGACAAACAGAACCUGCAGAUCAAAAGUCUUCAAAGCAAGGUCAACAUGCUGAUUCCUUUGCACGUCCGAGAGAACGAAACGCAGGGUCCGAAAUGGAAGGCGAGCGUUCAGAGAAGCGUGGACCGAUCCGGCAACUACAGCCAAAGUCCCCGGCCAAAGUCCCCGGUGAUGCCGAAGUUCCCAGCAAGCUGUCACCAGCUGUUUCUGGAAGGGGAACAAACCACUGGUGUUUUCCAGAUCCAGCCCCCUGGCUCCCAGGUUUUUGAAGUCUUCUGUGACAUGACUCAAGAUGGUGGAGGCUGGACGGUGAUACAGCGACGUCUGGAUGGCUCCGUUGAUUUUGACCAGCUGUGGGAAGCCUAUAGGAAUGGAUUUGGGAAUAUGAGCGGCGACUUUUGGCUGGGCUUGGAAAAGGUCCACCAGAUCACGAAAGACGGGCAGUUCCACCUCUCGAUCGAACUUCAGGACUGGGAGGGCAGCUCGGAGAGGAUCCAGUUCCUUUUCAGCCUGGGCGGAGAGGACACGGCUUACACACUCAGCCUCCUGGGCCCCAUUCUUGGGCAGAUGGAGAACGCCAUGGGCGACUUCCCACAGGUGCCCUUUUCCACGCGGGAUCAGGACCAUGACCUCAAGGGGGAUGCCAACUGCGCCAAGCACCUCUCAGGAGGCUGGUGGUUCAGCAGCUGUGGCCACGUGAACCUCAACGGAAAAUACUUCCGCUCCAUCCCACGCCAGAGGCACGAGAGAAAGCAAGGCAUCUUUUGGAAGACUUGGAGAGGGCGGUAUUACCCUCUGAAGUCCACCGCUAUGAAGAUCCGGCCUGCGGAGAUGGGCCCGGCACCCUAAAUGCCCAGGAGGUCGCAGGAGAGAGCCUGGGUGGCCUUCCCUAUUCCUGCCUGCCGCCGAGAUACAGCUGCAGCCCGUCGCUCCUGUCCGGGACGAUUUGUGGGGUGUCUCUGUCGGCUUCCAGAUGAA